UUACUACUCGCGGAAUCGUAUAACACCGCCGUUUCGUCCCACUUUCUUCGUCCUAGUCCUGCGAAUGUAGGUCUCCCCACUAGUUUUCCACGUCUGUCACUGCUACCACCAGGUAAUACCUCGGGACCGUGGAGGAGAGGGAAGUUAUACGUAUCGCGCGAACACAUUUAGUCAUUCGAUCGGCUACUAGUCCGGCCUGUUCAUGUACGACCGAUUGGAUGGGUGCGUUAUAAUUAUACACCGAUACACCGUCUGUGUGACGGGAAGUCCGGCGAUCAGUCGAUCGGUUUCGCGCCAACACGAACAGUAUCGGUCAAAUUACGGGUGUUAACUUCAUUUUUUUUAACAGACAACUUUUGUGUAGAGUUAAGAGUAUAUCUCCGUUGAAAUUUUCCGCUGUUUCUCUUCCGUAAAGAUGUACCAUGUGCCAAAUAAACAUUUCAAUUAACGCGACGGGGUAUAAGUUCGGUUUCGUUAAAUUCGAAGCAAACGUUUCGAAGAGAAUGGCUCAUUAUUAUGUAUGAGUGCGCUUCUUCUUAUUUUAGAAUCUUCUUCAAAAGAUCGCUAUAUACGUUCUACAAAUAAUCGGAUAAUGCUCGUGGACUUUGCACGAGGACAUCAGAUAAAAAAAAAUUUGUGCUUCGUAAAGACGACUCUGCAGCAUACGAUAUGGAGACUUUAAGGAAAUAUAAAAUCGCGUAAUGUGCGGCGAUUACAGACGUGUCGGAUUGCGCGCGUUCGUUUAUACGUGUAUGACACACUGCCUUGAUAACGGCGCGUAUUAUUUUCAAAUAAGUGGCAAGUGGGACGAAGAAAUGUGGAUUCACGUCAGAUCGACUUUUGUCUCGUCGAUUGUUGAUUGAUAACGCGUUGCUCCUGCAAUGUGAAUCACUCUCUCUCUCUACCCACAAAAUAUAUGUCUUUUGUAUUUGUUAAUUUCAAUAUAGUUUAGAAACAAAACUUUUAUCAUCGUGCCCGUAAGUUAUACAGACUCUGCGUUACGCCGACUAAUAGCAUAAUAAAACGAAAGGAGGAUCGAUAGUUUGAAGGAAAAGAUGUAUUCAGUGUACUUGACGGCUUUCCUCGUCGUGUCUAUAUGCAAUUUAACCGCUCAGCAGCCAACGUUCUUCAGAAGUACAUUCAAGGGGUUGAGUGGCCUCACGCCAAGCGUCGUUGCGCUCGCGAAAGACGAAAUACGAGCGGUCUAUUAUCACGAGCAGACGGUGGCGGUGGUCGAUCUAGGCCCGAGAAAUGAGCUACACGAUUGCAAUAUAAUCGAAGUAUACGAGCCGUCCGAGGCUGUGGAAGUUUUGCGAAACUUAUCUAUGACUUUACGUCCGCAAGUGGUGUCCUUCCAGGAGAUAACGAGACUCAUGCACCAAUGUGAAUUAUUAGACGGAUUACAAGUGGAGGCGACAUCCACUUUGCCCACGAACGCACUGAGCAGAGGGACCCGCAUAGCCGCGAGUUCCAUAACUCUGUUCUCCGGUAUUCUGCCAGGCACAAAAUGGUGCGGCACGGGCGAUAUAGCCGAGAAUUAUCACGAUUUGGGCGAUCUACCUCAUAUCGACAGAUGUUGUCGUAAUCACGAUCUCUGUCCAAUAAAAGUACGAGCUCAGCAGACCCGAUACAAUCUCACUAAUUAUUCGCUAUACACUAAAUCACACUGUACUUGCGACCAAUUGCUUUAUCAAUGUUUAAAAGCUGCUAAUCAUCCAACGGCGAAUUUGAUGGGACAAAUAUACUUCAAUAUCGUCAAAGUGCCGUGUAUAGAAGACAUAGGAAGAAAUCGAUAUUCUUCCCCGGAUCCAUUAAGAAAAUUUGUACCUGUACAAAGAGUAUAUUAA